AUGAAGCCCUUCCGGAGAAGACCUUACCUGCAUUUGGCAUUAUCUGCCAUACUAAUGACGCAAAAUGCCCUCGCGAUCCAACUGGACCUUUCCAGCUCCGACUCGAUAAAAGCCGCAGCCAAAACUGUGGCCGACGAGAUGGUUUCAUAUUACACUGGUUACCGACCUGGAGAUGUCCCGGGUAAUCUUCCCGCUCCAUAUUACUGGUGGGAAGCUGGUGCAAUGUUUGGCGCGCUCAUUGACUACUGGUACUUCACGGGAGAUGAUUCAUACAAUGAGAUCACCACCCAAGCCAUGCUCCAUCAAGUUGGACCCGACAACGAUUUCAUGCCACCCAACCAGACAAAGACCGAAGGAAACGACGAUCAAGCUUUCUGGGGGAUGGCCGCUCUCUCUGCUGCAGAGAAUGUCUUCCCCAAUCCUCCGGAAACCCAGCCACAAUGGCUCGCUCUGGCUCAGGCUGUCUUCAACACGCAGGCGGCGCGUUGGGACACCACCUCUUGCGCAGGUGGGUUGAAGUGGCAGAUUUUCGCCUUCAACAACGGGUACAAUUACAAAAACACCAUCUCGAACGGAUGCUUUUUCAACAUGGGUGCUCGCUUGGCCGUCUACACCGGAAACCAGACCUAUGCCGACUGGGCGGAGCGGAUGUGGGAUUGGGUAACUGCCAUCGGUCUGCGGGACGCGCAAUACAACUUCUUUGACGGGAGCGAUGACACAAUCAACUGCACACAGCUCGACCAUAUCCAGUGGACGUACAACGCUGGCACAUUUCUCGUCGGAGCUGCCAACAUGUACAAUUUCACGGGAGGUAAUCAAGUUUGGGAAGACAGAAUCAAUGGUAUCAUCGCUAGGCUCAGUGUCUUUCUGCAGAACAAUAUUCUGAAAGAGGUUGCCUGUGAAGGUGUCAACCCUGAUGGUUCCGACACCUGCAAUGUCGAUCAACGCUCGUUCAAGGCUUAUCUCGCUCGAUGGAUGGCAGCAACGAUGGUCAGAGCACCCUUCACUUACCCACUCUUGAAACCCAUCUUGGAAACGUCGGCGGCAGCGGCAGCUUCAGUCUGCACAGGAGGCGUCAAUGGCACUUCAUGUGGAUUGAAAUGGUGGGCGGGCCAUUUUGAUGGCAGUACUGGAGUCGGUGAACAAAUGUCGGCUUUAGAGGUCAUCCAAUCCAACUUGGUCACCCAAGUCGCUGGUCCCGUUACUCAGGGCUCCGGAGGAACAAGCAAGGGAGAUCCCAAUGCUGGCACAUCAAGCCCAAUUGGUCCCCAGGACCUGAACAAAGAAAAAGUUACCACGGCAGAUAAAGCUGGAGCGGCGAUCUUGACUGUUUUGCUGGUCUUCUUCAUUGUGGGAGGCGCAUGGUGGAUGGUUCUCUAG